ACUACUACAAAACGACAGAGGCUCCGAAGAACUACACCACGGCUAUCAUUGCGAGCGUCCUUGGCGCAGUGGCCUUGCUCGGUCUUGUGACCCUAAUUGGUAUCUGUAUUUACAUGAAGAAAUGCCGGAAGGUGCCGGAGAAGGAGCCUAUACCAUCGCCUAUCCCCGAGCCGGAUCUUAUUAUCGAGGCCAUGCCGCACAAGCUGUCAGGAUACUCGGUGUCACCUUCAGAGGUAGGACCCAUGGGGACCAUUUUCGAGGGACAGACCGACAGGUUGGACUAUGAAACAAUAACAGAGGAAAGAGGUCAUGACUUUAGAUUCACAGUUCAGCGAUCAGUUACCCACUUUCCAUUUUCCAUUGACACCAGCUACAAAGGAGGUCGUAAGAAAUCGUUGUUUGACAAAGUUGGCUCAAUAUCUAGUUUCGCUAGUAUGACAAUUCCUGUACGGAGCCCGACGUCUGACGAUUUAAUCCCCAGCGUGUUUGAAUCCAAAAAGGUAGUGAAUAGCGGAAUUGGAACCAACGACGGUAUCGUGAACAAUUCUGAUCAAGGUCGGGACUCGAAUCUGAACAGCCACCCGAAUCCAGGCACAAGCACCCCUGUCAGAAUCGCCGUUUCUGAAGUACAGGCUGACGGCAAAAAUGGAAGCCGUCUUAAACCAAUUGAAAACGCCUUCCUGCCCAGUCGGCCAUGUACUAACAGCGAAUUGGAGUUAGAGAAAUUCAAGCCUAGCAAAAAACGCUUGGAAUAGCUACGUACAUGGCUGAAGGAAACAUAGCAGACGAUAAAAAGGUUUCCGAUCAGAAGCAAAACUCAAAUAUGUUGAUAAAUGUUGGCCAUAUCCAAUCAGUAUUGUCGGCAAAUGGAAGCACUAGAAAUAACACCGAUUCUUACGAAACAAAUCAGCAAGAUCUUAGUCGCAAUGGACUUCAUGGUCUUCAGCAGAGCACCAUGGUUCUUCAGUCACCCAAUUCAGUCGUGCCAUCUAUCAUCAACGAUAUUACACUAGCGUGAGAUUCUUUUGACCAAAUAUUAUGAUAAUAUGGUAUCAAAUUUUCAUUUUCAACCCUUAAAAAGACGAUAUAAGACAUAAAUCACUUUUCGAAUUUUCCAUAUUGAUAUAUUUGUUAAUUGGAUAACAUAGUAUAUUGUGAUAAGAAUGAACAUGAGUUUAUUAUAGACGAAUACAGUAAUGAUUCAUUAUAUUUUGAAAUGUCUUGAUUAAUGGCCGAACGAGUUCACAAAGCGUUUCAGCUCAUACUUGAAAUAUAUAGUUCGUAUAUUCGUAUGACUUGUAUUUAUGGUACGCUUACAUCAAAAGAGGAGGUAAUACGUUGUACAGUUAUCAAAAUGUUUUGUUGCUAUAAACAAGUAUUUUAUGUAUAUUUUAUAUUAUUUUAUUGUUAUUAUUUUUCCAUGGUAUAUACCGUCUCAGUUCAUAAAGUGAUUCACUCUAUAUCUGCUAUAUACUUUCUGUUUCC